AAGGUUGUUUUUAUAUUUAAAAUGGACUGAAUUCUAAACAAGAGACUUGUUUGUGGAGAACGGCUCCUCUGUGGACUAAUGCAGACAGAUACCACCACACUUGUUAGUCUCACUGCCAGUCCCCAGCUACACAGAAACCACAUGCAGACAAGUUUGUCUUUGAAUUUUCUUCUAUUUUUCUGUUUUGCUGAGUAAAAGCUAUCGUGAAAUAAGAUGCAACUGGAAAAGAAAUUAUCUUUGUCACCACUAAACAACUGUUUACAGAAUUACAGUAGGAUGAUGCUGGAAUAAAUAGUCAGUGACUGAUGAGGCAAAAGUAGCCUUAUUUUUUGGAAAUUAGUCCUGAAUGUCUAAUAGGUAAUUAUCACUUAUUUUACAUAACUCUCAUAAAGUGUCUGCUUGCAAAGGAUGCCUGCAGCAAUUAUAUCCAAUCUUGUGACGUCUAUUCCUUAUUUGAGUCACCUUUUUUCAUUCACGUCUCGAGGAUGGACUGUAAUUGUUGUGAAUGAACUGCUAAACAUACAAUUAGUGGACGAUGCAGCCCCGCAUUUAAGUAUAGAACACGUAUUAAUAACCAUCAUCAAAGGAUUAAAUAAAAGCAGUGAUAUUAGUCAUCGUGUUCACUCUUUAUCCUGUUAUGUUUUCCCAUUAAGGCUGUUACAGCAAUUAGUCGGACAACACGCCAGCUAUUUCAAGUUCAACAUUAAAUUUUACAAGAUGUAACAAAGUGGUUUAAGGUAGCGUGCAGCUGCGUUAAAAAAAUAUUCAUGGAGGAGAGGGAGCCGUCUGCUGCAACUGAAAAUGAAUCUAAUGUGAGUGCAAGCAGUAAAGAUGCGGGAUACUAAAAGAUGCCAAGUUCCAGCUGAGAGGAACAACAGAGUCAAGCAGGCGAGUGUUUCAUUGAUUGUUCACUUGAAUUGUUGAUGCUGUGUGUUCGUUUAAUCCAAUGAAAAUUUUACUAAUUGAAAAAAUCUUACUCACUGUGUCAUAUCUACUCUUAAUACCGCUCAACUUUUUCGAAAUCUUCAGAGUACGAGAGCAACAAACCGUAAUCUUACGAGAACAUAUUUCAAGAUGGACUGGAUUAAUUUGAAGCAGAGAAAACGUGACUGUAAAGCCUAAGUUAAUGCCAUGGAAUCCCCAUAUGAGCUGCUCCUUUUGAUUUGGGGAAGACAGAUAUACAGCUAAAUAAAUACAGUCAACACUACACCCAGAUGUUGUACAACAAUGUGUAAGCACAGAAAAACAAGUGUGUCAUCCUUUUUAUUGGCCAGAUGAUUUUCAGAAAAAUAAUAAAAGAUAUCUUUAUUUCAUCUGUCACUGACACUGUAAACUAACUGGCAGAAUUCUAACACAGCCAGAUGACAUCAACAAAUCCAGCAUGUGGUGUUUACUCUCAUUAACUUAAUUCUGGCUUUGUCUUUUGAUGCAAUUAAACCAAUUAAAGGAAGUGUUAGAAUGGAUUGUACAUUACAUUUAUAUUUAGCAGACGCUUUUAUCCAAAGCAGUGGAGGAGGAUUUACAUGAUCAAGUUUGUGCAGCAUGUGUUUAGGUGCUGCCACCUGUCUUUUAAACAUGUAAAUAACGUCAGUAAGAGUGAGUUAAGAAUUCCUUUGCAUGUAAGAAUGAAAAAGUGAGUUUGAUUGUUUACCCUUUAUUGUUAUUAUUAAUAUUAUAGUUAUUAUAAUACGCUGUAACAUAUUUAGCAUUUUUGCAACAAUAAUAUGUUUAUUUACUUUUAAUCUGAUUAAGCACAGGGUUGCUGAGGACUGAUCACAAUUAUAAAUAUACUGAUGAAAAUCAUAUGGUUCAUUGAGUUAAAUAACUUAGUUCAUUAGUGAAAAUUCUAAACACUUUUGGUUGUUUGGCUGAUGAAAAUAAUGUCAAGGUGAUGAGACAACUUCUCUGACAAUAUGGUCUGACAAAUCAUUUGUCAUCAUUCUAAGAUACUGUACAUGAUUACCUAUGCAAAUACAAUUGUGAAAUCCUGAUUUAAAGACAAUUAAAAAUGGUAAUUAUAUGUAAUGUAAACUUGACACAACGACAUAUCUCGGCAGAUUGACAAAACAUUGCAUUGUUCUAGAAUGAACACUGUAGGAAACCCCCUUUAUGUUUAGUGUUGAAGUACAUAUUACUACUUUACGGAAAGAAAGGGUGACAUUUGCCCUUUGUUAAGCAACAGGUAUGAAAAAACUCAAUUCAAGCAGGAAAAGAGAAAAAAACCCUCUUGAGUGGUGUCAGCUUUCACCGUUUUCACCUAUGAUGAGAUCAGGUGUACUUUGAACAGACUUGUGUUUGGUUAAAACUAGCCCUGCACAGGAAGGGUGGGGUGCAGUUAUGUGUGCUUGAAAAGACUAGGUAAAAUCUCUCGUGAUACGUGCUCAGGCAAGGAACAGGCUUGAAUGGAAUCUUGUACGUGGGACAUUAUAGAGGCUAUAGCACACACUUUGGACGCUGCCAUAUUUGAAUAUUUUCUGAAAAACAAUGGAGACAAGCAGUGACACUUCAAAGAUCCUGGAGAAGGGUCCUGAAUACCUUCGAAAACAAAUGGAGUUGGAGAGUGAAUCAAAAGGAGGCAUGAGUGCUGUACAGAGGCUUGCUGCCAGCAAACCCAGAUACAUUAAAAGCCAGCAAGUGAGCUCAUCUCAAGAGGGUCUGAUCAGCUUUGGAUCAGCCUCUGUGAGCAGCACAGGGUCUUCGAACCGGAGCUCCAGUCACAGUGGGAAUCACCUAUCACAGAAUGACCCAGAAGAGACGACAGGUAGUGCCUCUCCUUCAGGGCAGGUACGUCGCUGCAGCUCCAAAAAGCGCCCAGACUCUCUGCUGCUUUACAGACAGAAAUGUGACUUAAUGAGGGGUCCAGGUGGAAGGAAAUUCAACAUUACACGUAGGAGGGUGGUCAAGAAAAGUGUACCACUGAUUAACGUGGCAGAUGAGGAAUGUGAGCAGGACAAUGAGGUAAGUACACCUGAGGGAUUAGCAAAGGAAUGUAGCGCACAGGAAAGUUCCUGCCAGGCAGACGGGAGGAAAAAUGGAGGAGAGGAAAAACACAACUCUGAUAUCAGUGUCUGUGGAUCAAAGACAACAUCAUCUGCUUACUAUCCCACCCCUGAGAACCAGGGGAGGCCUGGUAAAGGUGUGACCCGCUCUCACUCUGACAUCAGCUCCAGGUACUCCAAAAACUUUGCCGACUUUGAUGCUUUUUUUACGUACUGUGGACUGGAAGGAGAGGUCAUCGAGUCACUGGGGAGGGAAAACUUUUCAGCUCGCUCAGACGAAAUUGCAAUAAACAUACGGAGCAUCAGCAUCUCCUCAUCAGAUGACACCUUCUCCAGGAGCAGUGGUGACAGCGAUGGCCUCCUGGAGGAGAAGUUACAUGGAAAGGUAGGCCAGGGGACGUCAGUGAUCGAGCGCAACGCACGGAUUAUCAAGUGGCUGUACAGCUGCAAGAAUGCUAAGGAAACUGGGAAAAAGUUGCGUGACCUGGACUGACUAUAAUUAAACCUGAACAACACACACUUAAGUUAUGACUUAACUGGAAGACAAACACUGGAUUCAUUCCUGGAUUUUGACUGAUAGUUUCGUAAACAUUGUUACACUUUUUGAAAACGUUUAUUUACAUGUCGUUUGUCCCGUUGUAUUACAGUGUCAAGACAUGUAUUCAGCUGAUGUAGGUCAAAUCCUAGGGAAUAUGAAACACGAAUAAUGUAAAGUGACGGUUAAAGUGUCUAAUUAAUUAAUUAAUUUAGACUUUUCUCAAAAUACAAAUCCCCUUUGUCCUAUGGAUCACAACUCUCUCUGAUCAGUGAUGUGUCUCAUUUGAUACAUGACACGUUUGUUGUUGGCUUGUUAAAAAUGGAGGCAAGCUACUGCACUCUUUGUUUUUUGAUUGUCAAAAACUACUGUUGUGGCUAAAUUUGAAAAAUGAUCAGCCUCAACACUUUUUUUUAACUAGAUAUUAUAAGUGACAAAGGUCAGAGUUCACCAUUGGGGCUCACACAACCACACACAUUCUUCUUCUCCUUAGGGUUUUAAUGGCAGCUCUGUGAGUUGAAUUUAUGUUUUUUUAAAUUAUUAAUAAAAUUACAUACAUUAAAAAUUA